AAAAGGUCAAAUACAUUGGAUAUCAAUUGCAUAAUCAAGCUUCCAAGCACCCAAUCAUCACAAACUCGGGUGCUUUUAUAGGACCGUCUGUAUUCGUCGCUGCGACAAACGGAAUCGGCAAAUAUGAAGAACAGGUCAAGAACCUUGGAUGCAAAGUAACAGAAGUAGCAGAACCGAUCAAAAACUUAUCAAAAUCGGUAAAGGAUCAAGCUAUUAAACACCCAGUCAUCACAACCGUAGUGGUAACAGCAGGUGUGGGUGCUUUAGUAGGACCGGUUGUAUUUGCCACUGCGGCAAAAGCAUCCGGAUUUACCGCUAAUGGAAUAGCGGCAAACUCUGCGGCUGCCACUUUCAUGUCCACAUACGGAGGAGCGGUAGCGUCUGGUAGUGCAUGUGCUGUAUUGCAAUCCGUUGGUGCUGCUGGAACUGGGCUUGCAACGACUGUAACUUCAGCUGUAAUUGGUGGUGUCGCUGGGUAUACUGUUAACAAGGCUGUUAUUCAAUCAUCUAAUAAUGUUACUAGAAAGGCUAACACUAUUAUAAAAUCUUUGUUAUGA